AUGUCUUCUGGAUGUUUGUCGCGAUUAACGCCUAUUAAAGAGUUCUUUCGGUCAAAGUUUAUCAAAGUUUCCGAUCAAUGGGUGACUAAUCAAUUGACGGCAAACAGUGGUAUCAGUAAUGAGAGCGUAUAUCAGCAGUGGUUAGCCUCCGAUCUCAAAGCCAUUAGUCCAGUGAAUGUAUUGCCCAAUGACUGCAAUCAGAUAAAAGUGGAUCAAAUCAGCCAAAAACCAAACAAGAGUACACUUAACGGCAAAUUUGCGGUUCAAAUCAACUCAAUCGAGGAUAUAAGUCGUCCAAAAGUGUUGUCAGAAGCGGAUGCUGUGGACGAAGAGGUGGUCAGCUCUGGUGAUGAGGAGACAGACAAUGGAAACACAAAACUGUUUAAACGAACCAAAGCUAAGCCUAAGAAAGAGGUGACCAAAAGGGGUCCCCGAAUGCUGGCCCUAGUAGUGAGCGAUGGUAUCACUGAAUGCAAAGCCAUUGAAUACAACCCCAUUGAGUGCCUGUCCCCGAGUACACCCAUUGGCACAAAACUACUGCUUUCCGGUCCCAUCGAUAUCUAUGCGGCCGUUAUGUUAUUAAAUGCGAGACACGUAACCGUUUUGGGCGGAAGUAUACCGUUGGAAAGCACUGGUAGUCAGCACUCGCUAUUCGCUAUUCGCUCAUCGGACUAG